AACAUGGCUGCUGAGGACAAGUCCUCGUCCUCGUCCUCGACGGAGUGGAGCGUGGACCCUCCCGUCCUCUCGCCCACCAGCCCCUCCCACCUGACCCACUUCAAGCCCCUGACCCCGGAGCAGGAUGAGCCUCCUCUGCGCUCGGCCUACAGCUCCUUCGUCAACCUGUUUCGUUUCAACAACAAAGAUGAGGGACGUCCUCCCUCAGCAGCUGCAGACAAGCCAGAUGUGCCGUCCCCUUCUCCCCAGUCAGAGAGGAGGAGCUGGUCCACAAGCCCCUCCCACUCCCUCUACAGCUCAGGCUCGCACCGGAAACAACUCGGGGACCACGUCAGACGCACAUCCACUGCAUCAGACGGCAGCAGGAAAGCAGAUGCACCUCUAAGCAACCAUGACCCUCGUACAGCCGUUCAACUCCGGACUGCACUGAAGAGGCUGAAGGAGAUCAUGGAGGGGAAGAGCCAGGACAGCGACCUGAAGCAGUACUGGAUGCCAGACAGUCAGUGCAAAGAGUGCUACGACUGCAAUGAGAAGUUCACGACCUUCCGCCGUCGGCACCACUGUCGCCUGUGCGGACAGAUCUUCUGCAGCCGCUGCUGCAACCAGGAAAUCCCCGGGAAGUUCAUGGGCUACACGGGGGAUCUACGAGCCUGCACGUACUGUCGUAAGAUCGCCCUGACCUACGCUCACGCAGCCGACUCGGGUUCCAUCGGCGAGGACCUGAGCGCCCUGUCCGACUCGCCCUGCUCCGUGUGCGUGCUGGAGCCCAGCGAGCCGCGGACGCCGGUGGGGGGGCGUAAGUCCAGCAGGAACAUCUUCCUCGAGGAAGACCUGACGUGGCAGAGUAUGAUUCACCAGGAGCCUCCGAGCAGCGGCCUCACUUCCAGACUGACGACGCUACAGGAGGACGUCGGCAAGUCGCCUGCGAGGAAAAGGUCGGCCAGUGUGACCAACCUGUCGCUGGACCGCUCCGGCUCCUCCAUGGUGCCGUCCUACGACAGCUCAGUCAGCCCCCCCACCAGCCGAGCCCUGUCGGGCGCCAAGUCGGGCACCAAGCUGGACCACAGUGAGGAGGAGAGGAAGAUCCUCCUGGACUCCUCUCAGCUGAAGGACCUGUGGAAGAAAAUCUGCCACAACAACACGGGGAUGGAGUUCCAGGACCACAGAUACUGGCUGAGGACCUACCCCAAUUGCAUUGUGGGAAAGGAGCUGGUCAACUGGCUGCUGAGGAAUGGCACCAUCUCCACGAGGGCCCAGGCUAUCGCUAUAGGCCAGGCGCUGGUGGACGGGCGCUGGCUGGAUUGUGUCACCCACCAAGACCAGCUCUUCAGGGACGAGUACGCUCUCUACCGCCCCCUCCAGAGUACAGAGUUCUCCGAAACGCCGUCUCCAGACAGCGACAGUGUCAACUCCCUGGAGGGACACUCAGAGCCGUCCUGGUUCAAAGACAUCAAGUUCGAUGACAGCGACACGGAGCAGCUUGCAGAUGAGAGCGAGUACACGUUGCCAAACUCGUCCAGCCCCAGCAAGAGGACGUCUGUCAGCAGCAUCCAGUCGGUGGUGGACAGCGACUCCGCGGCCUCCAUCAACCUCAACAUGGAGCAAAACAAUGUCAACUUCCACAUCAAGAAACAGUCCAAAUAUCCACAUGUGCCUCCUGCUACUGAGCAAAAAGCCGAGUUCCUCGUGUCGGAGGACGGAGGACAGAACAUCAUCAUGAGCGAUGCUUUCAUCAAGGAGUCUCUGUUCAACCGUCGUGUGGAGGAGAAGGCCAAAGAGAUGCUGUUCACUCCGCUGGGCUGGCACCACAGCUCCCUGGACCAGCUCCGAGAGGAGAACGGGGAGAAGAAGGCCAUGGAGAGGCUCCUCUCGGCCAACCACAGCCACAUGAUGGCGCUGCUGCAGCAGCUGCUCUACAGCGAGUCUCUGUCUCUGUCCUGGCGUGACAUCAUCGUCCCCGUGGUCAGACAGGUCGUCCAGACGGUGCGGCCCGACGUCCGCAACUGCGACGACGACAUGGACAUCCGACAGCUGGUCCACAUCAAGAAGAUUUCCGGAGGCAGGAAGUUUGACUCAACAGUGGUGAACGGCUUCGUCUGCACCAAGAACAUCGCCCACAAGAAGAUGAACGCCUACAUCAAGAACCCCAAGAUCCUGCUGCUGAAGUGCUCCAUAGAGUAUCUGUACCGGGAGGAGACCAAGUUCACCUGCAUCGACCCCAUCGUGCUGCAGGAACGAGAGUUUUUGAAGAACUACGUCCUGCGCAUCGUAGACGUUCGUCCCAACCUGGUGUUGGUGGAGAAGACGGUGUCCCGCAUCGCUCAGGACAUGCUGCUGGAGCACGGCAUCACCCUGGUCAUCAACGUCAAGCCGCAAGUCUUGGACCGGGUGAGUCGCAUGACGCAGGGAGACCUGGUGAUGUCCAUGGAUCAGCUGCUCACCAAACCUCGUCUGGGGACCUGCCACAAGUUCUACAUGCAGCCGUUCACCCUGGCCAACAACGAGGUGAAAACCCUGAUGUUCUUCGAGGGCUGUCUCCCUCACCUCGGCUGCUCCAUCAAGCUGCGCGGCGCCUCGGAGUACGAGCUGGCGCGGGUGAAGGAGAUCAUCAUGCUCAUGGUGUGUGUGGCCUACCACUCGCAGCUGGAGAUCUCCUUCCUCAUGGACGAGUUCGCCAUGCCGCCCAGUCUGGCCCAGAGCUCCUCGUUCCCCUGCCUGCUGGAGAGCGUCUCUGCAGAGGAGGAGGUGGAGGAGGAGAGCGGAGGGAGAGAGACCAACGGAGAGGGUCAGGAGAAGAUGUCCGGGGGUGAAGACUCCUUCCUGGAUGGACAAACUGUGGAGGACGGCUUUCUCUCCGAGGUUCUGUCCAAAAACGUUGAGAUGGACGGUCUUCCAGACGCACUGAAAACCAGAUCCCCCCCCUCUAUGAACCUGGUGACCAUGAUGUCCUCUCCGUUUUCCAGUCCACUUGCCCCUCCUCUCUCCGUGUCCCCUCCCUUCCUCAUGGAGGACGACCAGGACAUGACGUUCUCGGACACGCUCGUCCCGUCGUCCGAGGGGGACACGCGGGAGGAGGGGAGCCUCUUCAAGGAGGAUUCGCUCAGCAUGGAGGACGAGGACGGCUCGGAGACCCCCACUCCUCGGCUGUUCCGAGACCCCCUGCAGGACGACACCGGGAUGUUCGUGGCCGAGCAGGUGGCCUCGUUUGACGACCGCCUGAAGUCCAUCUCCGUCGUCUUCAAGCAGGAGCUCAAGGACAUCAUCCUGUGCAUCUCUCCCUUCAUCACGUUCAAAGAGCCGUUCCUCCUGGUACCCGCCGGCAUGAACUGCCCCAGCAGGGAUUACUUUCCUGAGCAGGUCUACCUGUCUCCUCUCCUCAACAAAGACCUGAAGGAGCGGGACGGCCGCAGAAAGCGUCAACUCCUCAAAGACUCCGCCCCUUCCUCUCUGGUCGGAGGUCAGACCAACGGCAGCGCACCCCCCAGGCCUCUGGAGGUCCUGCCCUGUCACGGUCUGACCAGCACCCGCAUCAUCGAGCAGCUGAACGGCAGCCAGGGUCUCGCCGAGAUGCUGGCGGACUACAGAGCCAAGGGCGGUCGCAUCCGGCAGCGAGAGGUCAGCGACCCCUUCAGCAGCGUCGGGGGUGCAGCUCCGGUCAGCGGCCAGAGCCGAGCGGGGGAGGGGCAGCUCAGAGCCCCGGUGAAGGCCGACAGCGAAGAGGAGAAGCCGAGUAAACUGAACGAUAUGAGCUGGACCCCCAAGCUCGACUGUCUGAACCCGGUGAACCACCAGAGACUGUGCGUCCUCUUCAGCAGCUCCUCGGCUCAGUCCAACAACUCGCCCAACCCGUGCGUCAGUCCCUGGAUCGUCACCAUGGAAUUCUACGGCAAGAACGACCUCUCUCUGGGGAUUUUCCUGGAGCGAUAUUGUUUUAGGCCGUCUUACCAGUGCCCCAGUAUGUACUGUGAGACUCCCAUGGUGCACCACAUCCGGCGCUUCGUGCACGGCAGCGGCUGCGUGCAGAUCGUGCUGAAGGAGCUGGACUCCCCCGUGCCCGGGUAUCAACACACGAUCCUCAACUACUCCUGGUGCCGCAUCUGCAAACAGGUGACUCCGGUCGUGCCUCUGUCCAACGACUCUUGGUCGAUGUCUUUUGCCAAAUACCUGGAGCUUCGUUUCUACGGGCACACGUACACCAGGCGAGCUAACGCCGAGCCGUGUGGACACUCCAUGCACAAAGACUACCACCAGUACUUCUCCUACAACCAGAUGGUGGCGUCCUUCAGCUACACUUCAGUGAGGCUGCUGGAGAUUUGUCUUCCUCGUCCCAAGAUCACCAUCAGGAACCUGGGGCCGUCCAAAGGCAGCCUGCAGCAGGACCUCAAGGACUUCUCUCUCAAAGUGACUCAGGUCUACUUGGCCAUCGACGACCGGCUCACGUCCCUGAAGACCGACACCUUCAGUAAGACGCGCGAGGAGAAGAUGGAGGACCUCUUCGCUCAGAAGGACAUGGAGGAGGCGGAGCUUCGCAGCUGGAUCGAGAAGCUUCAGGCUCGACUGCAGGUCUGCGGCGUGGACUCUCCUCAGCAGCUGCAGGCGGUUCUGGAGUCGCUGGUGAUGAAGAAACAGGGUCUGUGUGAGAUGUUACAGUCCUGGAACACCAGGCUGCAGGACUUGUUCCAGCAGGAAAAAGGCAGGAAGCGUCUGUCCGUCCCCCCGAGCCCGGGCAGGCACAGACAGACGGCCGCUGACGACAGCAAGAGCGCCCUGGAGUCGUCCCCUCGUAACCCCUCCCCCGUGGUUCAGAACGGAGAGAAAGAGGACCGUCUCCUCAGCGCCAUGCCCUCGGCCUCCACCUCCUCCCUGCUGCCGUCCCCGGGAGACCCCGGAGCUGAGCCCAUGACGCCCGGUCCCGUCUUCCCCGAGCAGGACUCGCUCAGCCUCCCAGAAGACGUGUUCGACGGACACCUGCUGGGAUCCACCGACAGCCAGGUGAAGGAGAAGUCCACCAUGAAGGCCAUCCUCGCCAACUUCCUGCCCGGCAACAGCUACAACCCCAUCCCCAUCCCAUUCGAGCCGGACAAACACUACCUGAUGUACGAGCACGAGCGGGUUCCCAUCGCCGUGUGUGAGAAAGAGCCGAGCUCCAUCAUCGCCUUCGCCCUCAGCUGUAAGGAAUAUAAAACGGCUCUGGAGGAUUUGUCCAAGGUGUCGAACGCAGGAGGAGAUGAGGCUCCGCAGGUCGUCAGUGCGGAGAGUCGGGUGAGGAGCAGCCCGGCUCGGCCCGGCAGCGACUCGGCCUCGUCGCUUCAGAGCCGCAGCAGCACGGACGCCGACCCGCUCAAAGAAGCAGAUCUGAGCGACAAACAGAAGAAACAGACGCUGAAUCCACACAUUGAACUUCAGUUCUCUGACGCCAACGCCCGGUUCUACUGCCGGAUCUACUACGCCGAGGAGUUCCACAAGAUGCGUGAGGAGAUCAUGGAAAGCGCCGAGGAGGAUUUCGUCCGCUCGCUGUCUCACUGCGUCAACUGGCAGGCUCGGGGGGGCAAGUCUGGAGCCGUGUUCUACGCCACAGAAGACGACCGGUUCAUCCUGAAGCAGAUGCCCAGACUGGAGGUUCAGUCCUUCCUGGACUUUGCUCCCAACUACUUCACCUACAUCACCGGAGCUGUGCAGCAGAAGCGGCCGACCGCGCUGGCAAAGAUCCUGGGAGUUUACCGAAUCGGUUACAAAAACUCCCAGAACAACACGGAGAAGAAACUGGAUCUGCUGGUGAUGGAGAAUCUCUUCUACGGACGCAAGAUGGCUCAGGUGUUUGACCUCAAGGGGUCGCUGAGGAACCGGAACGUGAAGACGGACUCGGGGAAGGAAAGCUGCGAAGUGGUUCUGCUGGACGAGAACCUGCUGAAGCUGAUCCACGACAACCCGCUGUACAUCCGCUCGCACUGCAAGGCCAUCCUGCGCGCCGCCAUACACAGCGACGCCUACUUCCUGUCCAGCCACCUCAUCAUCGACUACUCCCUGCUGGUGGGGCGGGACGAUGCCACGGAUCAGCUGGUGGUCGGGAUCAUAGAUUAUAUCCGGACGUUCACUUGGGACAAGAGACUGGAAAUGGUCGUCAAAUCCACUGGAAUCCUGGGAGGUCAAGGGAAGCUGCCGACCGUCGUGUCUCCGGAACUUUAUCGAGCUCGUUUCUGCGAAGCCAUGGACAAAUACUUCCUGAUGGUUCCGGACCACUGGACCGGACUGGGCGUCAACUGCUGAGCAGUGCGUGAGCGUCCAGAAACACAAACACACACACGGCUGCUCCCGCUCACACUCUCCACGCACAACACUCGGGAUCCAGUAACGCAAGAAAGACGGAGAAGAACCCGGACGCAAACUGGACUCAGUGAGAUGAAACUGGACCAGAACACAGAAUCAUUCCACAGAAGCAGAACCGCUCUGCAGCCGCGGCAUUACGACGAUUUAAAUCGGGUUUUAAAACCGGGGGACGAAUUCUGGAAUCAUCAGACUUUAAUUUAACAGUUUCAGCUGAAAACGUUCAGUCCUGUGGUUUCAGUUUGAUCAACAAACUCACUCGUGUAAUUUAAAGUUUGUAAUUGUACAGAGAUGAUGUGACUAUAAAAUAUUAACACUGAAGAUGUCCUGUUUAUUUUAGUGAUCAGUUAUGAUGCAGUUUUUAGUUUUGAUCGGAUGUUUGGAUGCGACUGUGUGACGAGAGCUUGGUUCUGAUCAAAUCUCCAAAUGUUAUUUUUCUUUUAGUGUAAAAUUAAAUUCUCUUGGUUUUGA